AUGGAAGCUGCUCUCAAGGAGCUUCGGAAGUUGAGCUGGUCUGGAAUUCCGCGGCAGGUGCGCCCAAUCACAUGGAAGCUGCUCUCAGGUUACCUGCCUGCUAAUGCAGAGCGGAGAGAAAGCACAUUGCAGAGGAAGCGGCAAGAAUACUUUGGCUUUAUUGAGCAGUACUACGACUCCCGUAAUGACGAGCACCAUCAGGACACAUACAGACAGAUUCACAUUGACAUACCGAGAACUAAUCCUCUUAUACCUCUCUUUCAACAAGCUUCUGUGCAAGAGAUCUUUGAGCGGAUUCUGUUCAUCUGGGCGAUACGACAUCCAGCCAGUGGUUACGUUCAGGGCAUCAAUGACCUUGUCACACCCUUCUUCGUUGUUUAUGUUUUUGAGUAUAUUGAGGAAGAGGUGGAAAAUUUCAAUGUUUCCAGCUUGCAGGAAGAGGUGUUGCGGAACAUCGAGGCUGACAGCUUCUGGUGCAUGAGCAAGCUCCUGGACGGGAUUCAGGACAACUACACCUUUGCCCAGCCUGGGAUCCAGAGGAAAGUGAAGGCACUGGAGGAGCUGGUCAGCCGAAUUGAUGAGACGGUACAUCGCCACAUGCAGCAGUAUGAGGUGGAGUAUCUGCAGUUUGCCUUCCGCUGGAUGAACAACCUGCUUAUGAGAGAACUUCCUCUGCGCUGCACCAUUCGCCUGUGGGACACUUAUCAGGUAAAAUAG